AUGUUCCUCCAGCUCUCCAGAGACACAGUAAUAUCUCCGGACCUGCUGUGGGAGAUAUUCCUCCAGAACCAGGACACAGUAAUAUCCUACCCGGACCCUGUUGUGGGAGAUAUUCCUCCAGGUCAGGACACAGUAAUAUCUCCCGGACUGUUGGCAGGGAAUAUUCCUCCAGGCCAGGACACGGUAAUAUCUCCCAGACCUGCUGUGGGAGAUAUUCCUCCAGGCCAGGGCAUGUUAAUAUCUCAGACCUGCUGUGGGAGAUAUUCCUCCAGGCCAGGACGUAUUAAUAUCUCCCAGACCUGCUGUGGAGAUAUUCCUCAAGGCCAGGGCUCAUUAAUAUCUCCCAGACCUGCUGUGGGAGAUAUUCCUCCAGGCCAGGGCGUAUUAAUAGCUCCCAGACCUGCUGUGGGAGAUAUACCUCCGAGCCAGGGCUCAUUAAUAUCUCCCAGACCUGCUGGAGAUAUUCCUCCCAGGCCAGGGGCAUUAAUAGCUCCCAGACCUGCUGUGGGGAAUAUUCCUCCAGGCCAGGGCGUAUUAAUAUCUCCCAGACCUGCUGUGGGAGAUAUUCCUACAGGCCAGGGCGUAUUAAUAGCUCCCCAGACCUGCUGUGGGAGAUAUUCCUCCAGGUCAGGACACAGUAAUAUCUCUGUACCUGGUGUGGGAGAUAUUCCCCAAGCCAGGCUGCACAUCUCCCAGACCUGCUGUGAGAUAUUCCUCCAGGCCAGGGCGGCAUUAAUAUCUCCCAGACCUGUUGUGGGAGAUAUUCCUCCAGGCCAGGGCGUAUUAACAUCUCCCAGACCUGCUGUGGGAGAUAUUCCUGCAGGCCAGGGCGCAUUAAAAUCUCCCGGACCUGCUGUGGGAGAUAAUCCCCCAGGACAGGACGCAGAAAUAUUUCCCGGACCUGUUGCGGGAGAUAUUCCUCCAGGCCAGGGCGUAUUAAUAGCUCCCAGACCUGCUGUGGGAGAUAUACCUCCAGGCCAGGGCUCAUUAAUAUCUCCCAGACCUGCUGUGGGAGAUAUUCCUCCAGGCCAGGGCGUAUUAAUAGCUCCCAGACCUGCUGUGAGAGAUAUUCCUCCAGGCCAGGGCGUAUUAAUAUCUCCCAGACCUGCUGUGGGAGAUAUUCCUACAGGCCAGGGCGUAUUAAUAGCUCCCAGACCUGCUGUGGGAGAUAUUCCUCCAGGCCAGGGCGUAUUAACAUCUCCCAGACCUGCUGUGGGAGAUAUUCCUGCAGGCCAGGGCGCAUUAAAAUCUCCCGGACCUGCUGUGGGAGAUAAUCCCCCAGGACAGGACGCAGAAAUAUUUCCCGGACCUGUUGCGGGAGAUAUUCCUCCAGGUCAGGACACAGUAAUAUCUCCCGGACUUGUUGUGGGAGAUAUUCGUCCAGGCCAGGGCGCAUUAAUAUCUCCCGGACCUAUUGUGGGAGAUAUUCCACCAGGCCAGGACGCAGUAACAUCUCCCGGACCUGAUGUGGGAGAUAUUCCUCCAGGCCAGGACACAGAAAUAUCUCCCGGACCUACUGCGGGAGAUAUUCCUCCAGGCCAGGGCGUAUUGAUAUCUCCCAAACCUGUUGUGGGAGAUAUUCCUCCAGACCAGGACGCAGUAAUAUCUCCCGGACCUGUUGUGGCAGAUAUUCCUCCAGGUAAGGACACGGUAAUAUCUAUCAGACCUGCUGUGGGAGAUAUUCCUCCAGGCCAGGGCGUAUUAAUAUCUCCCAGACCUGUUGCGGGAGAUAUUCCUACAGGCCAGGGCUUAUUGAUAUCUCCCAAACCUGUUGUGGGAGAUAUUCCUCCAGGCCAGGACGCAGUAAUAUCUCCCGGACCUGUUGUGGGAGAUAAUCCUCCAGGCCAGGACACAGUAAUAUCUCCCAGACCUGUUGUGGGAGAUAUUCCUCCAGGCCAAGACGCAGUAAUAUCUCCCGGACCUGCUGUGGCAGAUAUUCCUCCAGGUCAGGACACAGUAAUAUCUCCCGGACCUGUUGUGGGAGAUAUUUCUCCCGGCCAGGACAAAGUAAUGUCUCCCAAACCUGUUGUGGGAGAUAUUCCUCCAGGCCAGGACAAAGUAAUAUCUCCCAAACCUGUUGUCGGAAAUAUUCCACCAGGCAAGGACGCAUUAAUAUCUCCCGGACCUGUUGUGGGAGAUAUUCCUCCAAUCCACGACACAGUAAUAUCUCCCGGACCUGUUAUGGGAGAUAUUCCUCCAAGCCAGGACACAGUAAUAUCUCCCGGACCUGCUGUGGCAGAUAUUCCUCCAGGUCAGGACACAGUAAUAUCUCCCGGACCUGUUGUGGGAGAUAUUCCUCCAGGCCAGGACACAGUAAUAUCUCCCGGACCUAUUGGGGGAGAUAUUCCUCCAGGCCAGGGCGCAUUAAUAUCUCCCGGACCUAUUGUGGGAGAUAUUCCUCCAGGUCAGGACACAGUAAUAUCUCUCGGACUUGUUGUGGGAGAUAUUCCCCCAGGCCAGGACACAGUAAUAUCUCCCGGACCUAUUGUGGGUGAUAUUCCUCCAGGCCAGGGCGCAUUAAUAUCUCCCGGACCUAUUGUGGGAGAUAUUCCUCCAGGCCAGGACACAGAAAUGUCUCCCGGACUUGUUGUGGGAGAUAUUCCUCCAGGCCAGGACACAGUAAUAUCUCCCGGACCUGUUGUGGGAGAUAUUCCUCUAGGCCAGGACACAGAAAUAUCUCCCAGACCUGCUAUGGGAGAUAUUCCUCCAGGCCAGGACACAGAAAUAUCUCCCGGACCUGUUGUGGGAGAUAUUCCUCCAGGCCAGGACGCAGCAAUAUCUCCCGGACCUGUUGUGGCAGAUAUUCCUCCAGGUCAGGACACAGUAAUAUCUCCACCUGUUGUGGGAGAUAUUCCUCCAGGCCAGGGCGCAUUAAUAUCUCCCGAACCUGCUGUGGGAGAUAUUCCUCCAGGCCGGGACGCAGCAAUAUCUCCCGGACCUGUUGUGGCAGAUAUUCCUCCAGGUCAGGACACAGUCCCCGGACCUGUGGGAGAUAUUCCUCCAGGCCAGGACACAGUAAUAUCUCCCGGCCCUGUUGUGAGAGAUAUUCCUCCAGCCAGACACAGAGGCAACAUGGUCGGUACUGUCCUCUAUCGCAUUGACUUCCCCAACUUAGGUAUUCAUUUACAGCUGUGUGAACUGGGAGAACUCGGGAAACCCACCGACCUCUGGAACAGGAGCCACGUUCUUGAAUGA